AUGUCUAGUGAAAUUGAAGUUGAAAUUUUAAAAGCGCAAGGAAUCAAUAAUGUUCUUUCUUUAUUAAGAGCACAAGAUUUGUAUUCAUUCUUUAAACUUGAUUGUGAAGAACUAGAAGAUUUAAGAAAUCGUGCAUGUUUAAAGUUAAAAAAUGGUGAAUAUAUGAUACGUCCAGCCAUAAAAGAUAAUCUUGAUUAUUGCAUAGCUGUAUUAAAAGGUAAAUUACAUGAACAGUUACCAUAUCGAUCAGAAAAUCAUGAUUCAAGUUCAAAUGAUUCGAAUGAACAACCUAAUUGCUUCAUCAACACAUUCAUCAGUAGUCUUAAUGAUAAUAUGAAUCGCUCUAAAUACCGUUAUCAAUACAAUUCAAUGAUGCGACGGUUUGCGUCUAGUGUGUAUGCAUUGGGUGGUCGAAAUGUUUAUCAGUUCUUACGAUUGAAUAUUCCAGGAGCAUUUCCAUCUAUUCCAACAUUAGAAUCUUAUCAUAAUGAAUUUUCUAAACGUAUUGAAGAAGGUGAAUAUCGUUUUGAUGAGUUGGUUAGUUAUUCAAAUAAAAUUAAUUGCUCGUAUAUAUAUAUUUCCGAAGAUUGUACUAGCGUAAUCAGCAAAGUCAAUUAUGAUGUUACAACUAAUUCAUUUAUUGGUUUUUGUCCUGAAUUGAAGAAUGGUUUACCAUCAAUUCGUCAGUACCAAACCGAUGAUUUUUAUGAAUUAGAAGAAUGGUUUCAGACAGUAAAACAAUCAACUCUAGUAAAUAUCCAUACUGUUCAACCUAUAACACAUGAAGCAGCAGCUCCGUUUCUAUUAUCUUGUUUUGGUACCGAUAAUCAAAUUGUUUCAAUAUCUAUACUUUUUCGUUGGUUGUAUAUAUAUGAAAAAUGUCAUACUAAUAAUAUUAAAGUUGUUGGUUUUUCGAGCGAUGCUGAUCCUAAAUUUGUUAAAGCUAUGAGAUUAGCAACAGGCUAUUUUUCACAAUUACCAAAUAUAAAUAUAUUGGAUAGAGAGGAUAUUUUCGAAAUACAAAUUCCAGAUUCAUGGAUAUGCUCACAGCCAUGUGAGAAUAUGUUCCGUAGCGCUAGAGCUUUAACCGGAUCAUUUUCAACUAUGACUAAUUUUACCAUUCAACAAUUUCUUUCUAAAACAAGAAAAAUUUCAAUAUUGAAUGAGAUUAAAUGUUUUGAAGAAUCUAGUACUAAUUCCAAUGCUAUUAAAUUUCCUACACAUCAUAAACAAAACCAGAACAAUUCAUUUUCAUCAACAUCAACAAGUAUGGAUGAAAUUACAAUGGCUAAUAUCGAGCAAACUAUUUAUGAUGCAUAUGAACAUGCAAAAUCAUUUAUUGAAAAAUUAGAAAUGUUACCGCUUUUGGUGAAAAAUCACGUGUUUGAAUUAAAUAGUUUAUGUGUACAUAUACGUGAUUAUUUAAAAAAUACGAUUUAUAUAAAUGAUUAUUCUAUAUUAAAUGACGAUGAUCUUGAAUUUGAUAGUGAUUCAGAUGAGGAAAUUAAUAAUGAUUUAUCAACAACGCAUGAAAAUAGUGAAAGUGAAUGUGAAGAUUCAGAUAAUGAACCUGAAACAAAAUCAACGAAAGAUAAUUAUAAUGGAAUGCGAAUUUAUUCGUCAGUAGCUGAUAAAGAUAAAAAGAAAUUUUUCAAAAUGGAAAUUAAUGGAAAACAAAAAUACAUUCACAAGCAAACGGCAGCUUGGUAUUUAACUAACAAAAACAAUCGGCUGUCGUCAGAUCGUACAGUUCGUGUUCAACAAACAAACAAACAGUAA